CAGGGUGGAUGCUGACAGCCCGGGUGACUGCCGCAGGGAGCUGAGCCUGGUGUCAGGAUUGACGCGUGGGGCCAGGGUCUUCCUCACCAGGGAGGAAGCUCAGCACUUCCUCAAGGAGUGUGGGCUCCUGAACUGUGAGGUGGUGCUGGAGCUGCUGGGCCGGGCACUGGAGGAUCCCAGUGACAGCGUCCGCAUGAGGUCCAUGUGUGCCAUCUCUGCCCUCGGCUGCUCCGACCUGCUCUCCCCUGAGCAGAUCCUUGCUGUGACCCAGCAGCGCCUGCAGCACCUCAGCCAAGGCAGCCCCGGGCCCGUGGCCAACCGAGCUACAAAGAUGCUGCGACAGUUUGAGGCCCUGUGCCGAGCCCAGCCCUCCCCGAGGGUCCCACGCCCACCCUCAGCCCCCUCAGCCGGGGAUCUGCUCAUGGACAUCCCAGCCGUGGCUUCUGAGAGCUUCCUGACCCCCCUGAGCCCGGCCCCGAGCCCUGUUCCCCCUGCAGCCCC